CUCCAAGGCACUGGUCAGUAUGAUGAUUUUCACACGAUAGAUUGGCAGCGCGAUAUAGCGAGGGACCGGAAUCGUCAUAGAAAUCUAACGAAGAAGAAAAGUGACUCAAUAUGGGCUUUCGUGUCGGGCAUCCACGACGCAUGGUCUGGAUGGUUGUGUGUUCUCUGCGUCGGUGUCGCCGCCGGAACGAUAGCCGCUGUCAUCGAUAUAGGCGCGGCUUGGAUGAAAGACCUCAGAGAAGGUAUCUGUCCACAAGCUUUCUGGCUCAAUCGAGAACAUUGUUGUUGGGCCUCAAACGAAACGGCAUUCGAAGGCGCGUCGUGUCGGCAGUGGUUCGAAUGGCCGGAGGUUUUCAGCCCGAGUCCGAACUCGGAAGGCUGGGGCUUCUAUGUGAUCUCAUAUUUCUUCUACGUACUGUGGAGCCUCUUGUUCGCCUCGAUCGCUGCGAUGCUGGUACAUACUUUCGCGCCCUACGCCUGUGGGUCCGGUAUUCCAGAAAUCAAAACAAUCCUAUCGGGUUUCAUAAUCCGAGGCUACCUCGGAAAAUGGACUCUCAUAGUGAAAUCGGUCGGCUUGGUGCUCGCCGUAUCGGCCGGGUUGUCUCUCGGCAAGGAGGGACCAUUGGUCCAUGUCGCCUGCUGCAUUGGAAAUAUUCUGGCGUACGUCUUCCCCAAAUACGGACGAAAUGAGGCAAAAAAGAGAGAAAUACUAUCCGCCGCUGCCGCUGCGGGGGUAUCUGUGGCCUUCGGAGCUCCGAUCGGGGGAGUGCUGUUCUCGUUAGAAGAGGUAUCCUACUACUUCCCCCUGAAAACUCUUUGGAGAUCUUUCUUCUGCGCCCUCGUUGCCGCUUCAGUUCUGCGGAGCAUCAAUCCCUUCGGGAACGAUCAUCUUGUCAUGUUCUACGUUAAGUAUACAACGCCGUGGUCCUUCUUCGAGUUGGUGCCAUUUUUGUUCCUGGGUGUCAUGGGAGGGGUGUUGGCGACGAUUUUCGUCAAGUGCAAUCUUCGUUGGUGCCGCUUCCGUAAGACUUCCCAGCUAGGAAAGUAUCCUAUUGUCGAGGUUGUAUGCGUCUCCCUCAUAACGGCCGUGCUGAGCUUUCCGAACGAGUUCACUCGCAUGAAUACAUCGGAUCUGAUUAAGAUCCUCUUCUCUCAGUGCGGUAUCGGAGACGUUACGAAUCUAUGCGAUUACAAGCGAAACUUCACGAAUGUUAAUCUGCCGAUCAAGAAUGCAGAGGCUGGUCCUGGAGUGUUCAAGUCGAUGUGGAAUCUCGGAUUCACGCUGAUUUUCAAGAUGUUGAUCACAAUUUUCACCUUCGGCAUCAAAGUCCCUGCGGGUAUUUUCAUACCAAGUUUGGCCCUAGGCGCAAUUACUGGCCGAAUCGUUGGCGUUGGGAUGGAACAACUCGUCUACCACAAUCCUCACUGGUGGAUUUUCGAAGGAAUGUGUUCUACCGGACAGCAGUGCAUUACACCAGGACUCUACGCCAUGGUUGGGGCUGCUGCCUGUCUCGGAGGAGUCACAAGAAUGACAGUCUCCCUGGUUGUGAUCAUGUUUGAGCUGACCGGUUCAGUGAAUUAUAUCGUUCCCUUGAUGACGUCCAUCAUGGCAGCUAAGUGGGUAGCGGACGCAAUCGGUAAAGAAGGCAUUUACGACGCUCAUAUCAAUUUGAACGGAUAUCCUUUCCUCGACGCCAAAGAGGAGUUCGAGCAUACAACGAUCGCCCAUGACGUCAUGCGGCCUCGAAGAGGCGAGGGAAGAUUGAUCUGUCUCACGCUGGAAGGGCAAACAGUGGGCGAAGUCGAGGAUAUGCUCCGUACUACGAGCCAUAACGGCUAUCCGCUCAUCGCAUCCGACGAUAACCCGUGUCUGGUCGGCUUUGUUCUGCGCCGUGAUCUCAACAUCGCGCUAUGUGGGUAUUUUUGACGUCAAGAGAAAACUUCCCGAGAUAUUUUCUCAUCCUCGAGAGUAUUGUUCGCGAGUACUUCCACGGUGGCUUGGAACGAAGGCCCGCCGCUGAAACUCUCGAGAAUCGUCGACUUGGCUCCUAUUACUGUAACCGACCACACUCCGAUGGAAACAGUUAUAGACAUGUUCCGAAAACUGGGUCUCCGACAGACGCUGGUCACCAAAAACGGGAAAAUUUUGGGCAUUAUCACCAAGAAAGAUGUUCUUCGUCACAUCAAACUCUUGGCCAACCAAGAUCCGGAAUCGGUUCUCUUCAAUUAAGGGCCCGAGGAACUUGCGAAGCGAGAUCGAGCAAGCGACAGCGUUGGCUACGCGCAAAGUGCGUCUGUGAUAACCGAAAACACGGAGAACUUCCUCUGAUCCUUGGCGCUCUACUUCCCCUUCCAUGACGAGGCCUUGAUCGGAGCGUGUUUCUGUCCGAUCAGGAGUCGUUGUCUAGAUCUUGAGCUAUCUUGAGCUCCUGUUAAUCUCCGCCUCGGAGGAUCUUCGAUCAUUGUCACGCGAUCAAGUUCUGGCUGAGCACCGGAAUUCUGCCCGAAGUUCCGACCUCAUACUAAACUGUUGACUCCGGAAAUCAUCUUCAGUUCAUCGAGUUUCGAUGGAAGGGAUAUAUACGAGAGGAGACUUUCGAAUCCCUCCUGAAUCAAGAGCUCGUUGCCUGUAGAGGGUGUUACCCUGAAAAUCAAAAUGUCACUGGAAAACUCCGGUA